AUGAGAACCACCACCAUCAUCAACAACAACGACGACGACGACGACGACGACGACGACGACGACGACAAUAACAACAACAACCUCAUCACUACCACCAUCACCGUCACCGUCACCACCGUCAGUCGCCAACGACGACAACAACAACUACGUUACGACCAGGGUGAUCACCAGUAUCUAUCCGGACCCGCAGCAUCGGAACGCCUUGUUGCUGCGAAGUGCAUCCCACUGUGA